ACGCCAGGAAGGAUUCAAUAUGGCUGAUGUGGAUCUUCUAAAUAGAGAUCCAAACAACUUAAACCAGCAUAUUCAGACCAAUUUUGAGGAUGUUUUAGCAGAACCCGAUGGUGUCCGCAGUGCAGACUGCGUCUGGAUUUAUAGUAACAAGUGCUUCUCCAAUGGAAAGAGCUGCUGCUAUAUAUUUUUGUCGGGAUUGUGCGGCAUCUUCCUCGCGCUAUUUUGGGGUUGCGAGUUCGCAUGCAUAAGUUUUGAGCAGAUUUGGUGCGCAACGCCGGCAUUACGCAUGUUCAGUAUUUACGCCAUUUACGUCCAGAAGUGUGUGGGUACUUAUCUGAGCUGCUAUCUGGGCCCAUUAUGUGAAACCUGUGGGCUUUGCUUCAGCAAGAUAAGAGUGGAGAAAAGCACAUGAAAA